AAAAAGUUAGUAUCUUUCAUAAAUAAAUGAAUAAAAUUCUUCCUUCCUUGUCACACUCUCUCACUUUCCCGGAAAAGACAUUUCCCAUUUCCCCCAUCUCUUCCAUUUCCCUCUAAUAUUCUCUAAACCCUUCCAUCAAACUCUCCAAUUCCAAAUCCAACAAAAUGAAUCCAGAUCAACAAAACCCUAUCGAUCCAGACCACCCUCUCCUCCCAACAAUCAAGAUCCACCACCCCUCCUCCCCCCGCCACUCUCACCACCACCACCACCCCUCCUCCACUCCCACCCCCACCGCCGGCGCUCGCCGCAAGCUCGGCGUCGCUGUUGACCUCUCCGACGAAAGCGCUUACGCCGUCCGCUGGGCCGUCCAUCACUACAUCCGUCCCGGCGACGCUGUUAUUCUCCUCCACGUCAGCCCUACUUCCGUCCUUUUCGGCGCUGACUGGGGCCUACUUCCCAUUUCCGCCUCCUCCACUCCUACACACAAAGACAACACUACCAACGACAUCAAUUCCCUUGACGAAGACGACUCGUCUUCGUCGAAACGACAGCAGCAGAUUGAGGAAGAUUUUGAGACUUUUACCGCCACGAAAGUGGCGGAUAUUGCGAAGCCGUUGAAGGAAGCGAAUAUACCGUAUAAAAUACACAUAGUGAAGGAUCAUGACAUGAAGGAGAGGCUGUGUUUGGAAGUUGAGAGAUUAGGGUUAAGUGCUGUUAUUAUGGGGAGUAGAGGCUUUGGUGCUGUUAAAAGAGGAAGUGAUGGGAAAUUAGGCAGUGUUAGUGAUUACUGUGUUCAUCACUGUGUUUGUCCUGUUGUCGUUGUUCGCUAUCCCGAUGAUAAUAAUAAUAGUGAUGCUAAGGAUGCUGAAGCUGUUAUUAAUGUUCCUGUUGAGGAGGAGGAGGUUGUUGUUGCUGAUGAUGUCGCUGCUGCAGAGGCCGCUUUUGCUAAGAGUAAAGAUGCAUAGUUUGAGCUUUUAAUCCCAUAUGGUGGCUUCUUUCCUAGCAGGUAUGCAUGCUUUCAGGUUCUUGAAUUGUAUUUUGCUCGUGUUUCAGAAAAGAGGACCGUGACACACAAGAUCUAUUAUAGUUUUAAUUUAUUAAUGCGUGUUUCUUCUUGAUGUGCCAGUAUUGCUCUGUUGUUAUGUAGACAAAACCAUGCCGCAUAUGAACUUUGGGUAUGUCUUUAUAUCUAAUAGAUAAUUUAGUCGUCGAUUGCAAUCAGCAGGAAUUAGAGACGAAGUGUACUCAUGACCAAGUUUCUCAUGGAUGAAACUUGACAAUAGUUGUUAAUGUAAAGAUGUUGGUAUGGUAGUAGAUGAUUUAAGGUUUAGACACUUCUUGUUAGGCUUUUACAGAGACGUUUCUACUAGGUUGUGAUGUACAUUUUUCUGUUCUCUCAAGUUUAUCUUACCUUUAGAAUUUCUAUUAAACGCUCGUUGGCUUGAGCGCA